CCCCCCUUCUUAACCUCUCCCUUUGAAGAACUCUCUCAAUCUUCCUUUCCCUUUGUGUUCUUCAUCAGAUUCCGAACGACCCAUUUCGAUUUCUGGGGGUUUUCGAGGAGAUUUUUGUUUGGAUUUCAGUGGGUGUUGUUAGAAUCUCUUGAAAGAAUCAGACGCUUUGAAAGCUUAAGGAUCUGAUUUGAUUCAUGGGGAAUUGCUGCGCUACGCCGGCUACUCCUUCAGGGAAGCAGCACAAGGGGAAAAACAAGAAGCCGAACCCAUUUGCAGCUGAUCAUGUAGUGAGCAAUGGCAAUGGCGGUGGGAACUGGGUGUUGAAAGAUCCAACGGGUAGAGACAUUUAUACUUUAUACGAUCUGGGAAGUGAGCUUGGAAGAGGUGAGUUUGGGAUAACUUAUUUGUGUACUGAUAUAACCACUGGAGAGAAACUUGCCUGUAAAUCGAUAUCGAAGAAGAAGCUUAGAACGGCUGUGGAUAUUGAGGAUGUGAGGAGGGAAGUUGAGAUUAUGAAGAAUUUGCCUAAGCAUCCGAAUAUUGUGUCAUUGAGAGAUACCUAUGAGGAUGAACAUGCUGUUCAUAUUGUGAUGGAGCUUUGUGAAGGUGGGGAGUUGUUUGAUAGGAUUGUUGCAAGGGGACAUUACACAGAGAGAGCUGCUGCUGCUGUCAUGCGAACCAUUGUUGAAGUUGUUCAGAUGUGUCAUAAACACGGUGUUAUGCAUCGUGAUCUGAAGCCAGAGAACUUCCUUUUUGGAAACAAGAAGGAAACAGCUCCGUUAAAGGCAAUUGAUUUCGGGUUAUCGGUGUUCUUCAAACCUGGUGAGCGGUUUAAUGAAAUCGUUGGAAGUCCGUAUUACAUGGCUCCGGAGGUCCUGAAAAGGAACUAUGGUCCAGAGGUUGAUGUUUGGAGUGCUGGGGUUAUUCUCUAUAUUUUACUUUGUGGUGUCCCACCUUUUUGGGCAGAAACCGAACAGGGAGUUGCACAGGCUAUCAUUCGCUCGGUAAUUGAUUUUAAGAGGGACCCUUGGCCUAUAGUAUCUGACAACGCAAAGGACCUUGUGAGGAAAAUGCUUGAUCCUGACCCCAAAAGGAGACUCACAGCUCAGGAAGUGCUGGAACAUCCAUGGUUACAGAACGCCAAAAAAGCUCCAAACGUUUCAUUGGGCGAGACCGUGAAAGCAAGGCUAAAGCAGUUUUCCGUGAUGAACAAGCUGAAGAAAAGAGCUCUACGGGUUAUUGCCGAGCAUUUAUCUGUAGAGGAAGUGGCUGGAAUCAAGGAGGCAUUCGAAACAAUGGAUACUGGCAAAAAAGGGAAGAUAAAUCUCGAGGAGCUUCGUGUUGGAUUAAAAAAGCUUGGCCAUCAGAUUCCCGACCCUGAUCUUCAGAUACUCGUAGAAUCUGCUGAUGUUGAUGGUGAUGGAACAUUGAACUAUGGAGAGUUCGUCGCGGUUUCGGUGCAUCUUAGAAAGAUGGCCAAUGACGAACACCUGCACAAAGCUUUUUCAUUCUUUGAUCGAAACCAGAGUGACUACAUAGAGAUUGAAGAGCUUAGAAACGCGCUUAACGACGGCGAUGAGACUAACAGCGAGGAGGUUAUCAACGCCAUCAUGCAUGACGUGGACACGGACAAGGACGGGCGAAUAAGCUACGAGGAGUUUGCAGCAAUGAUGAAGGCGGGUACAGAUUGGAGAAAAGCAUCGAGACAGUACUCACGAGAAAGAUUUAACAGUCUGAGUUUGAAGUUAAUGAGAGAUGGAUCGUUGAAGGUAAAGGAAUGAUAAACAUUGGAAGGAAGGUUAUUGUGGAUUUGAAUGGAUUGAAGAUGUUUUAGAUGGUAGAAGAAGUAGAACAGACAUGUUGGUGGGGGUAUAGGCAGAGGAUUAGGAGAGUCUAAAAGGGCCUCUUAAGGGUGUGUCUGUUUUGGGAGGGUAGCACUAAGGUGUGUGAUUAUUGUGUGUAUAUAAUCAGUUAGGCCAACAAGUGAUUGAUUUCAUUUACUCUUGCAAUUUAUGUAUGAAUUUGCUUCAAAAUCUUUCUUUCAUCUCUACCUUUGAAUUACUACAACUUUUUUU